AUGACUUCACAUGCUAAUGCAGAUCUUGAUGAUAUUGUUAUUUUGUCUGCCGUACGUACACCUAUCGGUUCGUUUAAUGGAUGUUUAUCAGCUCUGAAAGCUCAUCAGCUUGGUGCUGCAGCAAUAAAAGGUGCAUUGAUUAAAGUAAGUGGUGCUAUUACAGCAGAUGAAGUGAGCGAAGUAUUUAUGGGUCAAGUAUUGACCGCUAAUGAAGGUCAAAAUCCGGCACGACAAGCUGCACGUGGUGGUGGUCUACCUUAUCAUAUACCAGCAACUACAAUUAAUAUGGUUUGUGGUUCAGGCUUGAAAGCAGUCAUUUUAGGUGCUCAAGCUAUUCGAACAGGUGAUGCUACAAUUGUAGUUGCAGGUGGACAAGAAAGUAUGAGUCAAGCACCACAUUGUAUUUCAAUGAGAAGUGGUAAAAAGAUGGGUGAUGCUGUUCUUGUUGAUUCAAUGUUACAUGAUGGUCUGAUAGAUGCAUUUAAUCAUAUUCAUAUGGGUAUCACAGCGGAAAAUGUUGCUGAAGCAUGUAGUAUUACACGACAAGAACAAGAUGAAUUUGCAUUACAAUCUCAAUUGAAAUGUGCACAUGCUAAAACACGUGGACAUUUUGAUGAUGAAAUUGAACCGAUUAUUAUUUCGACAGCUAAAAAUGAUAUUCAAAUAAAAAGUGAUGAAUAUCCACGUCAAGGAGUAACAAUAGAUUCUAUGUCGAGAUUAAAGACAGUAUUCAAGGAUGGUGGAACAGUUACUGCAGGCAAUGCAUCAGGUCUUAAUGAUGGAGCAGCUGCAUUAAUUCUUUGUUCAAAUCGUACUGCUAAAAUAAAACAACAAAUACCUCUAGCAAAAAUUGUUUCAUGGGCACAAUCAGGCAUUGAUCCACUUGUUAUGGGUUUGGCACCAAUCAAAGCAAUUCAAGAGGCUUUACGUAAAGCUAAUUGGUCUAUUGAUACAGUAGAUUUAUUUGAAGUAAACGAAGCAUUUGCUGCUCAAUCUGUAGCAGUUAUUCGAGAUCUUCGCAUUAAUCCAGAAAAGAUUAAUGUUAAUGGCGGCGCAAUUGCUCUUGGUCAUCCUCUUGGUAGUUCUGGCGCUCGAAUACUUGUUACUCUUAUUCAUACACUUAAACGAACAGGUUUAAAACGAGGAUGUGCCGCUCUAUGCAUAGGUGGUGGCAUGGGUAUUGCUAUAUGUAUUGAAGCUUAUUGA